GAAUUCUAGCAUUUCUUUAAAGCCUUCCUCAGUUUAUUAACUAAGUUCUGGAGAGAAAUUCAGCGCAGCUGUCAUUUAGAGUCAUUAAAGCCACUAACAGUCUAGUUUGCGAACUGUUUCACAGGCCGCAGGAGGAGUGCUCGCUUUAUCAUUCGGUUCAGAGACUUGGGUGGAGCCACAAUGAAAAGGAAGGGCCAAAGCACAGAGUUCAGACCUCCCCAGCAGAAAACUGCAAGGGUAAGCAGGCUGAAUAGCAGAAAGAGCACCACAUCUGGUGAAACAUCAGAACUACAGCCUACAGACAGAAACCAGGUUGGAAGCCAGAGUUUACUGUAUCUGCAGUCAGCAUCACUCAUAGACAGCUAUGGAGAACACCAACCAGAAAUUGAUCAUGGCCUUGUUAAAAUCCUCGUUGAUGUGGAGCAAACCAAUAUGAACAAAACAGAAAGUGCAGAACGUAAUGACAUUAAAAACAAGCCCCAGGGUGGGAUAACAUUGGACCAUGAGCCGAAAGCUGCUGCAGCCGUUGAAGAGAUGGAUAAUGAGACCGAGGACACUUCUAGUCAUGAACUACAGACAUCGCACGCAGCUCAAAGUUCCCCAAACAAUCCUUGCCAUAGAUAUUCUUUGGAUGAGACAGAAGAAAGCAUUCUUUGUGGAGAUGUUCAAGAGAACAGGAUCAAAGUGUUGGACCCAAAGACCAUAGGUGUUCAUCUAGAAGGGGUUUCAGGUGCUGUAGGUGAAAAAUCCUGCUUUGAUAGUGAGACACAAGAAACUGAGUCUUUGAAACCUCCAGCGAAGAAAAGAUUAAGAAGGCGAAUGGGUAUGUGUGGACUAGGAGACAGGAAAAGAAGGUUCCUCCUUGAAGGACAGCACUGCAAGCAGGUUCUUAGUGGAGGAGAGAGUUUGGUGGCAGAGGCAGCAGGGGAGAAGAAUAAAGACAAUACAGAAGUGGGGAAUGAGGGUACUACCAUGAUGGAUGAUAGAGGAGCAACGAAACAGGUGCUUUUAGAGCAAUUGAUACUACAGGAUGUGAAUAAGAUCCAAGAUGAACCAUCUGCAGUUGCAAGUGAACUUGACAUUAAAUUGCCAGCCAUUGCUGAGCCUAACCUUCCAGGAAAUGGAGCAAUUGACGGUCAGGAUUUGGAGAUCACUAUGAAUCUCAAAGGCCUCCUUGAGGAAGAAGGUUUACGUUCUAAUAAUAAAUUGACCAAGGGCACUUUUGAGGUUGCUCAAGAAACAACCGAUUCCCUAGUUGCUGAGGAAGCAAGCUAUGACUGUAUUGAUGUCAGUAAUGGAGUUUGUCAAGGUCCUAAGGAAACACUUGAGUGCUCAGUUGAAGUUAAUGAGGAAGGGAGACUCAUUGGUCUUGCCAAUGAAGUUUGUGAUGGUUCUAAGGAGACAGAGAAGUGCCCAGUUGCAGAGCAAGUGAGUUAUGGUGUUACCCAUGAAGGUUGUGAAGGUUCUAAGGAAACAUCUGAGUACCCAGUUGCAGAGCAAGUGAGUUAUGGUGUUACCCGUAAUGUUUGUGAAGGCUCUAAGGAAACAUCUGAGUACCCAGUUGCAGAGCAAGUGAGUUAUGGUGUUACCCAUGAUGUUUGUGAAGGUUCUAAGGAAACAUCUGAAUACCCAGUUGCAGAGCAAGUGAGUUAUGGUGUUACCUGUGACAUUUGUGAAGGUUAUAAGGAAACAUCUGAGUACCCAGUUGCAGAGCAAGUGAGUUAUGGUGUUACCCAUGAUGUUUGUGAAGGUUCUAAGGAAACAUCUGAAUACCCAGUUGCAGAGCAAGUGAGUUAUGGUGUUACCUGUGACAUUUGUGAAGGUUAUAAGGAAACAUCUGAGUACCCAGUUGCAGAGCAAGUGAGUUAUGGUGUUACCCGUGACGUUUGUGAAGGCUCUAAGGAAACAUCUGAGUACCCAGUUGCAGAGCAAGUGAGUUAUGGUGUUACCUGUGACGUUUGUGAAGGCUCUAAGGAAACAGCCGAGUACUCAGAUGCAGAGCAAGUGAGUUAUGGUGUUACCCGUGGCGUUUGUGAAGGUUCUAUGGAAACAUCUGAAUACCCAGUUGCAGAGCAAGUGAGUUAUGGUGUUACCCAUGAAGGUUGUGAAGGUUCUAAGGAAGCAUCUGAAUACCCAGUUUCAGAGCAAGUGAGAUAUGGUGUUGCCCAUGAUGUUUGUGAUGGUUCUAAGGAAACCUCUGAAUACCCAGUUGCAGAGCAAGUGAGUUAUGGUGUUACCAAUGACAUUUGUGAAGGUUCUAAGGAAAAAUCUGAGUACCCAGUUGCAGAGCAAGUAAGUUAUGGUGUUACAGAUGAAGUCUGUGAAGUUUUGACAGAAGUGACUCAGGGACCAGUUGCAAUUUAUGAAGCAGUAAUCUAUGAGUCUACCAGUGUUACUAAAGAAGUUUGUGAAGAUUCUAAUGAAACUACUGAGUGCCCAGGUGCUGCAGAUGUGAGUUCUAUUGCUGUUACUUAUGAAAUUCGUGAAGUUUGGGAAGGUUCUGAAGAAAUCACUCAAGGCCCAGUUACAGUUAAUGAGGCACUGAGGUAUGGGUCUACUGCUGUUACUCAGAAGGAAACAUCUGAGUAUGCAGUUGCAGAGCAAGUGAGUCAUGGUGUUACCAAUGACAUUUGUGAAGGUUCAAAGGAAACUGCUAAGUGCCUAGUUGCUGCCAAAGUCAUCUCUAGUCCUAAUUGUGCUACUGGUGACAUUUAUAAAGGUUCCAAAGAAGCCUCUGAAGGCCCAGUUGACAAAGCUCUGAAGGUGUUCUAUGGCUCAAACUCAGAUGGAGUUUGUGAAGGUUGUAAAGAAACAACUGAGCUCCCAGUUAAUGUAGGUGAGGAAGUGAACUAUGGCUCUUCCAGUGUUUCUGAUGAAGUUUGUGGAGGCUCUAAAGCACCAGAUAUAAACCAAAUUGAAGUCUCUGAAGAAGUAAGCCAUGGCUCUAUUGCUGUCACCAAUGAAGUUUGUGAUGGUUUCAUAGAUCCUACUGAGCGCCCAACUGAAAUUUCUGAAGAAGUAAGCUGUGGCUUCACAGGCGUCAAUGAAGUCCACGAAGUUACAAUACCAGUCAGUAAGGAAGUCCAAGAAUCUAGAACUGCUCUGGAAAAAAGUGAGAUGGAGGUUGAAGAGCAGUAUCCAGCUGUUAAUUACAAACACUUAGUGUCCCCCUCUCUUGACCUGGAUGCCACUACAGAACUAGAUCUAGAUGGACCUCAGCUGAGCAUGUCCACUGGUGCCAAAGUGGACCCAGUAUUUAUGGACCACACAGUUACAGUGGCUACUACUUUACCCGAGUUAGCAUUUUCAGAGAUAUGUGAUGCAGAAGAUCAGUGUGAUGAUGUGGAGUUCCCUCAGACCCCCACUAAAGCAGUACUAGGGAGCAUAGGACCUAGUGUAGAAGGGGGAAGCAACACAGAGGAGCUCAGGAUGCCAGAAGCACCACCUACUAACCAGGAGGAGCACAUGCAUUUUUAUCUAGGCCAAGAUGCUUGUGACCCUUUGGUGACCCCUGCUAUUACCCAGGAACCAGUCUCCAACCCCACCCUGACCCCUGCUACUGAGUUUCCUCAGGACCAUGACGUUGUUCCCUCGUCUCUUUACUCUGUAACAGACUCCCAGCUCAACAGCAUCGCAUUAAGCCUGGAGGUGGAUGACCCACCUAUCCCAGAAGCCUUUCUCCACCAAGAGGAUGCCACAGAGCUUGUAUGUGGCCUUGUAAAAGAACUUUCCUCCCUUAAUCGAAUAGUGAUGGCGGCCCACAGAGAAACAGAACUCCUGCGCCGUGGAAAUCGGCCUCCGAAGGCUCAGAUUCGCCGAGAUUUAGCAUUUACACCAUAGCGCCUGAUGGUCAGACGGUCACCUUCUGUCAGAGGACUAAUUUAACCUGUUAAUAGUCAGUCAUUCUUCUUUGUGGAAAGGAAGAUUAAGCCAAUUAAGAUUGUUGAAUG